UUGUAGUUAGAUCUUUCGGUGACUGCCUAAGGCUUGGAAAAGUGCUGCCUAGCGGGGAUGCAAAUUCCUGACUGAGCUCAGCGUGGGUCUUUCCGGUCACGUGCUGUGCCGAGCAGCUGCUAGACACGUUAUUGCUAGGCAACGCUUGCACGCUCUGUCCUGCGGUGGAUCCCCGGAGUGGAGGUUCUGGGCGCCGCUGGCUGACAUGGACCAGUACUGCAUCCUCGGUCGCAUCGGGGAGGGCGCCCACGGCAUCGUCUUCAAAGCCAAGCAUGUAGAGACUGGAGAGAUCGUUGCCCUCAAGAAGGUGGCCUUGCGGAGGCUGGAAGAUGGCAUUCCUAACCAGGCCCUAAGGGAAAUCAAGGCUCUGCAGGAGAUCGAGGACAGUCAGUAUGUGGUUCAGCUAAAGGCUGUGUUCCCACAUGGUGCAGGGUUUGUGCUGGCCUUCGAGUUCAUGCUGUCAGACCUGGCAGAGGUGGUGCGCCAUGCCCAGAGGCCACUGGCCCCAGCACAGGUCAAGAGCUACUUGCAGAUGCUGCUCAAAGGUGUUGCGUUCUGCCACGCCAACAACAUUGUGCAUCGGGACCUGAAGCCUGCCAACCUGCUCAUCAGUGCCUCAGGCCAGCUCAAGAUAGCUGACUUUGGCCUGGCCCGGGUCUUCUCUCCAGAUGGUGGUCGCCUCUACACACAUCAGGUGGCCACCAGGUGGUACCGAGCUCCUGAGCUCCUGUAUGGUGCUCGGCAGUAUGACCAGGGCGUUGACCUAUGGGCUGUGGGCUGCAUUAUGGGAGAGCUGUUGAAUGGGUCCCCCCUGUUCCCUGGAGAAAAUGACAUCGAGCAACUCUGCUGUGUGCUUCGCAUCCUGGGCACCCCCAGUCCUCGAGUCUGGCCGGAGAUCACAGAGCUGCCUGACUACAACAAGAUCUCCUUCAAGGAGCAGGCACCAGUGCCCCUGGAGGAGGUCCUUCCUGAUGCCUCUCUCCAGGCCUUGGACCUGCUGGGUCAGUUCCUCCUCUACCCUCCACACCAGCGUAUUACAGCCUCCCAGGCCCUCCUGCAUCAAUACUUCUUCACAGCUCCUCUGCCUGCUCAUCCAUCUGAGCUGCCAAUUCCUCAGCGCCCAGGGGGACCUGCACCCAAGGCUCACCCAGGCCCUCCCCAUGUGCAUGACUUCCAUGUGGAUCGGCCUCUUGAGGAGUCACUGCUGAACCCAGAGCUGAUUCGGCCCUUCAUCCCAGAGGGCCUGCUUGAGGGCUGGGCUCCAGGAGGCAGAACCAUGAAGAUGUCCAGCCCAGCAGAGAACAAGACUCGCAGCCUCCAGAAACUACUAGCUGUGACCUUCCCCAGGGCUACCACUCAGUGGUGUCACCUACCUUGGAGAUGGUUCUCUAGGCUCUGUCUCCUGCUCAAGUACCUUGCACAGCUAGGAAGAAGCUUUUGAGCUCAUCGCAGGUCUCGCAGCAGAAGACUUCCCUGCGCAUGUACUGGCUGUUCAUCCCUGCAAUGUGAAAGACAAAGCAUAGCCCAGCACCGCAAGUCGUAGCACCCAACUUGGGAUGUGCUUGCAUCCAGGUGAGUGUGAAUUGAUACUUUUCUGUCAUCACACACUCAUGGAAUGACUCCAUUUUUUCCACUGCAGAUGAAGAUAAUCAUAAUGAUGUAAAAAGUAUUUUGGAAAACAGUUGAACAAGAAAAAUCUGUAACCCUUGAAGGUAAUCUGAUUCUGAAGCAGUUGACUUUUUUUGUUGUCUUUUAGCCAUUUUGCUAUACUGUAAAUUAUAUAAAAUUAUGGUAAUGUAAAUGAUUCUAAAAC